AUGGUUGGCGGCACCGAACUAAAGCCGGUCCUCACUGUGUCUCCAUCAUGGCUGAGUCCUGGAGCCUCAGUGACUCUGAGCUGUGAGGUUAAACCUUCAUCUGCAGGAUGGAGGUUCUACUGGUAUAAAGCUGUUCCUGAUCUGUCACAUAACAACUACAGUUACCUGCUGCUGCCCGACAGCAUCGGCGGGACUGCAGAGAACUUCUUUGUCAUUCACGGCAAGAAUCGUACAUCGGGAUAUGCCUGUAGAGCUGAUAGAAGAAACCCACAUUUUUCCACUGGUUACAGUGAACCAAAGUUUGUCUGGUCUAUUGAUCCUCAUCCAGCAGCGUCUCUCUCAGUGAGUCCUGACAGAGAGCAACACUUCACCUCUGAGUCCGUCUCAAUACACUGCAAAGGAGACUCUCCUCAAUGGAUAGUGAAGGAGUUUGUGCAACUGAACGACGGGUCCAAAUUAUCAGACUGCUCCACCUGGCGGACAAUGACAGGGUCAUCGUGUACCUUUACUGUCUACUCUUCCUAUAGAGCAGUGUGCUGGUGUGAGUCUGGGUCAGGCGAGUUCAGCAACGCAGUCAACAUCACUGGGAAAAAUGAAGAUCUUCUCCUGGUGAGCCCCGUCCAUCCUGUGACUGAAGGAGCUUCUGUUACUCUGAGCUGCAGACGGAGAGGAGAAAACAAACUUUCUGAUGUGAUUUUCUAUCAUCAUGACAAACUGAUCCAAAAUGACAGCAGAGGAGAGCUGAAGAUCUCUGCAGUGUCUCAGUCAGAUGAAGGUUUCUACAAGUGUGAACAUUCAGGAGAAGUUUCACCUCAGAGCUGGAUGGGAGUUAAAGUAGCUACGCCUCGACCUGAAAGCUCUGCCUUUCUCGUGCGGUCGGUCUUUGUUGGAGUCGGAUUUAUUGUUCUUUUGUUUCUGUUGUGGCGCUUCAGAAAGUCAGAAGGUUGCAGGACAGCGCAGCCAGUAAGCCAGGAAAGGGAUCAGCAGCCAGUGUACUCCUCUCUUCUUCAUGGAGACCUUUCUGUUUAUGAAACAAAAAGUGGACCUGGAACAUCUGGGAAUGAACAACAUGAAGAUCUGGACGAGAUUCCCGAAUAUGAUGAUGUGGCUUCAGAAAGCAACAUGGAUGCCAAGACCACAAGGACUGUGUUUAUGCCAUCGUGAUCUGGUAAUAGUGACAUCA